AUCGCGAGCACUGACAGAGCCUGAGGGCGGGGUUAGAACGCUGAUGGAGCCUGGGGACUUGGGGCGGGAGGGCGCACCAACUAAGUGUUCUGUUUAGUGCGUGUGCGCGUCCCCGUCUGUCGAACGUCCCCUUGUUUUUCAUGAAUGAAAUCCAAUCGGGCAGAUAUAAAUAGCACGGAAAGCUGCUGACGUCACGGAGCGCGCUGGCCGCAGCUGGAGGUUGGGGUUUGCAACUUGCUGCGCCUUCCGAUUCACAAUUUUGAGUGCCUGAGAGGGGCGGGGAUAAUAAAAAAGGGUGGAAAAAAAAGAAAGGAAAAAAAAAGAGGGUGGAGAUGCCGAGAAGGGUAGAAAUCGGCCCCCGGAGAUGAAUAGGGCUAGGAACCGCACAUCACGGAGAGAGGAGACAAUGGGAUCGCGAUAUGGUGAUCUGCGAACUUACUGUAGCACUUAACCUACUGCCAUUGGAGAACAAUAGCAAGCUGGGCACUCGGGUAUAACGGAGGAUCCGGGAGAUCCACACGGGUCUGCACCAAUGGACACUGAUAUGGAUUACGAAAGGCCCAAUGUGGAGACAAUAAAAUGCGUGGUGGUGGGAGACAAUGCAGUAGGCAAGACACGGCUUAUAUGCGCAAGAGCAUGUAACACCACCUUAACUCAAUACCAGCUCCUGGCCACCCAUGUACCGACCGUGUGGGCCAUUGACCAGUAUCGUGUCUGCCAAGAAGUCCUUGAACGCUCCCGGGAUGUCGUGGAUGAAGUGAGUGUCUCUCUCAGGCUGUGGGACACUUUCGGCGACCAUCACAAGGACAGACGCUUUGCCUAUGGAAGGUCCGAUGUGGUGGUACUGUGCUUCUCAAUUGCAAAUCCCAACUCGUUAAACCACGUGAAAACCAUGUGGGCGCAAGAAAUCAAGCACUUCUGUCCUCGGACCCCUGUGAUCCUUGUUGGCUGCCAGCUAGACCUGCGUUAUGCCGAUCUGGAGGCUGUGAAUAGAGCACGGAGACCAUUAGCCAGGCCAAUAAAAAGAGGGGACAUAUUACCGCCAGAAAGGGGAAGGGAAGUUGCUAAAGAGCUCGGGAUUCCAUAUUAUGAAACUAGUGUGUUCGAUCAGUUCGGUAUCAAGGAUGUAUUUGAUAACGCAAUCAGGGCAGCGUUGAUUUCCCGACGGCACCUCCAGUUUUGGAAAUCCCAUCUAAAGAAAGUGCAGAAGCCGUUACUGCAAGCGCCCUUCUUACCCCCGAAAGCACCACCUCCUGUCAUUAAGAUACCAGAACCCGGUGCGGCCAGUAUGAAUGAUGCUGGCGAUUUGUUGGACAAUCCUUUGUGCGCAGAUGUAUUGUUUGUUCUACGGGACCAAAAACAGAUCUUUGCUCAUAAAAUUUACCUUGCUACCUCCUCUUCAAAAUUUUAUGAUCUUUUUUUAAUGGAACACGAAGAGUGUCUAAAUCUUGUUGAUAGGUGUUCAAAGAAAGAAAAGCCCACCAAGGACUUGCUCAUGAGGACACUAAGCCUCGAUACUGAUGAGGACACCGAUGUAGCUUCCUUGAAACCCUCCAAUGCCUCGCUCCGGAUAUCAAGGAGCGAUGACACUUUGUUAACCAGUGACUUUGAGGAGGAGGAUUGUAUUCGCCUUUCCUCAUGGAGUAAGGGUUUCCUGAGUAUGCACCAAGAAGUCAUGGUGAACCCUAUCUCAAACAGGACUUGUACAGUGACUGUAGUACGGAUGGAUUCCUCCAUACAGUAUGGGCCUUUUAAAACAGUUUUACGGUUUCUUUACACGGGACAGCUAGAUGAAAACGAGAAGGGUUUGAUGAGAGUGGCUCAGAUUGCAGAAAUACUAGAAGUCUUUGACCUACGGAUGAUGGUGGAAAAUAUAACCAAUAAAGAAGCCUUUAUGAAUCAGGAGAUCACAAAAGCAUUUCAUGUUAGGAAAGCCAACAGAAUAAAAGAAUGUCUUUCCAAAGCAACCUUCUCUGAUGUGACUUUUAAAUUGGAUGAUGGAAGCAUCAGUGCCCAUAAGCCCCUUCUAAUCUGUAGCUGCGAAUGGAUGUCUGCUAUGUUUGGGGGCUCGUUUGUUGAAAGUGCAAACAGCGAGGUUGUUCUUCCCAAUGUAAGCAAAUUGUCAAUGCAGGCGGUCUUGGAUUACCUAUAUACCAAGCAGUUAUCAUGUUCAAUGGAAGUGGACCCUCUGGAGCUGAUAGCAUUGGCCAACAGAAUCUGCCUUCCACACCUGGUUGCACUUACUGAACAGCAUGCUGUGCAGGAGCUGACCAAGGCUUCGGUGAAUGGCGCGGACAUUGAUCAGGAAGUGCUGACCUAUCUGGAGCUUGCACAGUUCCACAAUGCCCAUCAGCUGGCAGCCUGGUGCCUACAUCACAUCUGCACAAAUUACAACAGCGUGUGCUCCAAGUUCCGCAAGGAGAUAAAAGCUAAAUCUGCAGAAAAUCAGGAAUAUUUUGAAAGGCACCGCUGGCCACCUGUAUGGUACUUAAAAGAAGAAGACCAUUACCAAAGGGUGAAAAAAGAGCGAGAAAAAGAAGACAGUGUGCUUAACAAACAUCGGUCAAAACGCAAGUGGUGCUUCUGGAAUUCAUCGUCCGCAGCCUUUGCCUAAGCAAUGAUUUCAUUGCAGACUUGAAAAAAAAAAAAACAUAUAAAAAAUGUAAAGUUAAUAUGGUGUCUUAACGUCAAAAAUACGCUGUACAGUAAUUAGGUUUCAAGCACUGAUUUGAAUCCACAUGUGUGCAUUUAUUGUUUAUGGGAUCAAAGCACAAUUUCACUUCAAGCAGGUCAAAGACUUUCAUGGCUGGAAGGCUGGUGACUGAUCACUGGCCCAACUGGUGGCGCAAAGGAUUAAUGCUUUGGGAAGCCGACAGAAGUUCAAGUUUUACGAUCACCUGUUGCAAUACAAUGUAUAUUAAGGCAAUAUACAUAACACUAAACACAGGUAUCUCUGUUUCGGGAGCAAAGUCUCACCUUUUUAAGGUUUGGUUUUUUUUGACACCGCAUUCUUGGUGGUGAGACUAAGGAAUAUUGCUUUGUUACCAAUACAUAUUUUCUAUAAUACAGUUAUGUGACAGGUGGAGCAAAACUCGUAAUUUCUGCUCUCGGUCUUGUGUUUUCUUGUAUAGAGAUCACAAUGUGUUGUCCAAUAGUAUUAUGUCAAGCUAACCGCGAUAGCAGGAGCUCGACAAUCACUCAGUUUUGUGUAUAACUGUUAUUGGGUGAGAAAAUAAGAUAUCAAACAAAUAUUCAAGUUCAGGUACUUCUGCUGUGUGAUAACAAACAUUUUUUGAUCCACUAUUUCAAAUAAUGCAGGUGAUGCUUUUAACCCCCAUAUCAUAUACCAUGUUCUACAAAUCCAGUUUGCUGGGUAAUUUUAAACAUACCAUAACCCAUGUUGUUUUACUAUUUCAAGAGUAACAUCAUUUCUGAGAAUCUAAAUUUUGGAGUGUCUGAAUUCUUGGCCUCUGGUAUUCAGAGGGUAAAAAGUUUCACUUAAAUAUAUUUAAAGGUGCUGUUCCACUUAGACAAAACAUUGAUUCUGCAUUUCAGUAUAUUAAGCCAAAUAAGCCUUAGCAGAUCUUUCGUGUGCAGGUUUAAUAACAUAAAACAACAGAAAUGUAUAGGAAGUUUUCACUCUCAAUGGCAACAUCCUAUUAGUGCCUGCUCAUAUGUCACAUGACGUGUUUCCAGCAAAAAUUGAGUGAGGCGAUCUAAAAGAGUUUGUGGGAUUGGGAAUUCAGUUGGGCCAGAAAUUAAUAUUUCUAAUGCUGCAUUUAGUUAAAAAAGUGUUACAUUUAGCAGAGUGUAAGUGGAACAUCAUCUUUAAUGCUAAGAAAACCCAGCAGGCUGAAUUUCCAGCUUCAUCAAAAAUGUUUUUGUACUGUCUUAAAAUGUCUAUAUAGAUACUUGGAAUUCGUACAUUUAGAUUGUUGGUGCACACACACACACACACACACACACACACACAUCCGAAAGGGCUUUAUUCACAGGCAUAUUCAGGGCAAAUUUUGGACCCAUCUUAGUGGGGGGGUAUAAGUGUUUUUAUGUGUAUUACCUAAAAUAUAUAACUCAUGCGGAACCAUCUAUUGAUCAUGCAGUCUUCCACCUUUAGUGUCUACAAAACAUGAUGAAUAUUGUCUUGUACUCUAAACACAGGGUGUUAUAACUUCUUCAGGUGAAAAGAUAGAAGGAUUAAGCUUCUGCUGUAGCUCAGCGAACAAUUGAUUUUAUUAAGACAUAGAUCUGCAGAAUCUGCUUAUUCUAGUGGAAUUGUUACACGGCGCAGAUGCUUGCAGUGUAAGGUUAUACUUCCUUCACCUCCUUCCUUCAUGUGUUGUGAGUUAAUCAGUGUUAACUAUUUAAAACAAUGCAUACAAAUAUUUUUUGAAAGAUCUGAGAUGUUCCUGUGCCACAUUGCCAUACUUUAUAUUUUAGCAGUAUAGCGUUCUUGUAACCUAGUAAUGAGUGCUCUUUUAUUAUAAUAAGGCUUUGUGAUUGCUACAGCAAUAGGACAGGGCUUGCUACAGUACGGUAAUAUUUAUGUUGAUAUGGCUGAUUGGUAUAUAGCAUAAUGCCUCAGACCUUUGCCUGAAAUGUAAAAACAAUAAGGGUCUUUGACUACGCCACACAUCACCCACUAAAGAAAGUGGAAGUUGGGUGAUCGCUCUUGGUCCCUUUCUAAGUAUAGAUGAACGAUGUGGGUCUGUAGGCUUAGUACAAUGAGAAGGGCUUAUUUGCCCCAAAUUAGAGAUUUUCUGCUGAAAGCCAUAUAACCUUUUACUGUUAUUAAGGCUCUAGUUAAGGUUCCUUGUUGGCAAUGCUCGUUAUCAUUAUGGCCGUGGGUGCCACAGAGUACCUGUGUUAAAUAACAGAAAAUAAUCUAUUACGAGUAGGCUCUCCGUGGAAUGGAUUGAGAAACUAGGUAGCAUGAUUUACUGGGGAUUUUGUUACAAGAACAUCAUUUGGGGUAUAAUCUGAGAGAUGGACAAUUUAAAUUCACAAAAUCAUGGAAUUUAUUCGAAACAAUUAACUGGUUGGUUUUAUACAACCAAAUCUAUGAUUGCAAACUUGCCAAAUUGUUACAAACUAUACAAACGCACCUGGGGUAUAUGCAAUAAUAUCCAGUUGUAAUCUUAUGUCAGUUUAUUUAACCAAGUGGCUGGUUCAUUUGGUUAAUGCAGCCUAUGGCCUUUUAUCUUUGUGGUUAUUUUAUGUUUGUUUUUUUAUUUUGUUUUGCAGAAAAUUAUAAAAUGAAAUAAAAUGUCAAAAUUUGUUUAAA